CAAUGAAUUAAUGUCAAUUUUAAAGAAAAUUUUUUAAAACGAUGUUUGGAUUUUUAAAUAGUAUUGGACAGUUGUCAUUUUCACCAAAGAGAACAAAAACCGUGAAUGAAGGAAUCGACACCAGGAUCCGAUUUAGUUUGGAGCCCCUGCCUGGAGCCAGUGCCUUUGACCAAUGGAAGGACGCUAUGAGGGCCGUGGCCAGACUGCCUCAUGGGAUACCCGACAGCUUCAGGAAAAAGGUUUGGCUGAGCCUGGCUGAUAAUUACAUAAGGGAGCAGAGCAUUGAUUGGACGAAGACUCUCCGAUUCGCGUUUAAUGACCGCAGUAAUCCAGAUGACGACUCCCUUGGGAUUCAAAUCGUCAAGGACUUGCACAGAACAGGAUGUAGUGGAUUUAGUGGACAGGAAAAUGAUGAAGACCGAUCGGUACUGAAGAGGGUGCUGCUGGGAUACGCUAGAUGGAACAAGAGCGUUGGGUAUUGUCAGGGCUUCAACGUUAUAGCAGCCAUGUUACUGGAAGUGAUGGACAGAAAGGAAGACGAUGCCUUAAAGGUGAUGAUUUACCUGAUUGACCAUGUGUUACCUGAGGGUUACUAUGCUCACAAUCUGAGGGCUCUGUCAGUUGACAUGGCGGUAUUCCGUGACCUUUUGAGGGUGACCUUUCCUAAGCUCUCAAAACACCUAGACCACCUUCAGAGUGCUGCCCAGGACAAAACCACAG